CCCAUGGCCGCAACUUCAAUCAAACUUAGACCUCUCGGCAUUGUUGAGCGCUACCACGCGUUGCACCAUUUCUACGGCUAUGGUGCAAACGUCGCUGCAUCCUGCCGCUAUUUCCUCCGCCACGAAACAUCCACACCACUCACGAAAGAAAUGCUGUAUCCCGCCCUGCGAAAACUGAUCGAAACCCAGGCGGGGCUGGGUGUGCGCAUGGUGGGUGACGAGUCCGGGAGCACAGAUAUCGAGAGCCUCAGGUUCGAGCGGCUGGACAUCGUCGAUCUAGAUUCAGUGGUUGAAUUCGGAGAUGAGGAAACGGUGGAAAGCGCACUGCAAGGUCAGUUGUGCCGGGAUUUCGAGACUCGGGACCCGGUCCCGCUAUGGCGGGUGCAGGUCCUGCCGGGUGGUAUGGUGGUAUUUGCGGCACAUCAUGCCAUGGCGGAUGGGAUGAGUUGCUUGGCGUUCCAUCGUGCUCUAGUCGCCGCGCUCAACGACCCCAACUCCGCGGCCACUGCAGAUCCCGUCGUCAUUGUCUCCCGCACUCUGACGCUCCCCCCGUCGAUUGACGACGUAACAGAUCUCUCGCCAGGUCUGUCACGAAUCCUGUAUGAAAUCGUUC